UCCUGAAAAAAUAAUGGGAAACUAAAGGCUAGCCACAAUGCUGUGUACUUAUCAGGCAGUCCUCUGGAAGAUGGCCGAGUAGCAGUGUUGAACUCACCUGCUUCCGAGCGGAAUAUCCGAUUGCCACUCUAAGUAAAUGAAUAAUUACCUGCUGGCUUCCCUCUCAGCUAGCUAGCAUACCAUAGCCUAGCACCAAAACACAGCUGACGACAUCACAGAGAGCUGCAGGUUGGGUUUUAGUGAAUCGUUUCGACCGACUACACCAACAUGGCAGGAGGUAUUACAGACACGGGAGAACCGUAUUCACCAUAUGUUGGGUUGGUGUACAUGUUCAACCUGAUCGUUGGCACCGGUGCCCUCACCAUGCCCAAAGCUUUCGCCGCAGCAGGCUGGGUGGUCAGCCUGGCACUCAUCUGUUUCCUGGCAUUUAUGAGUUUCAUGACCACCACGUUCGUGAUUGAGGCCAUGGCUGCGGCCAACGCUCAGCUGCGCUGGAAAAGACGAGAGCAGGAAGAGAUCAACAGCAGCGACUCAAGCUCAGACUAUUCGGACGACGAGGUCACCGUUCGAGGGCGGUCCGAACCAGUGGAGACGCGUCCCAUCCUCUCUGUCCAGCGGGCGGCCUCCGUCGACCACUUCGACAUCGUGGAGCGGGUCGAAAUGGGUCAAAUGGCCUCCAUGUUUUUCAACAAAGUUGGCGUCAACAUGUUCUAUAUCUGUAUCAUCGUUUACCUGUAUGGAGACUUGGCCAUUUACGCAGCUGCCGUGCCCAUAUCCUUAAUGGAAGUUGCCUGUGGGAACCACUCAUGCAGUGCGGGGAGUGUGAAAUACAAUGAUACAGAUUCCUGUUGGGGUCCAGUGCGGAGGAAAGAUGCCUACAGAGUGUUUUUGAGUGUCUUCACCCUGCUGCUGGGUCCUUUUACGUUUUUCAACGCCCAGAAGACCAAAUACCUCCAGAUCCUCACCUCCCUCAUGAGAUGGAUCGCUUUUACGAUGAUGAUCAUCCUUGCCCUCAUUCGCAUCAGUAAAGGGCACGGCGAAGGCAGGCCUCCCGUGGCGCAGAUCUCCGGCAUACCCAACCUUUUCGGCGUGUGCGUCUACUCCUUCAUGUGUCAACACUCCCUCCCUUCCCUGGUCACGCCCAUCUCGAACAAACGGCGGAUCAGCGCCCUGGUGCUGAUGGACUACAUGCUCAUCCUGGGUUUCUACUCCCUGCUGUCCUUCACCGCCAUCUUCUGCUUCGAUAGCUCCAUGAUACGGGCCAUGUACACCCUCAGUUUCUCUGACAACUGCGACGUCCUGGACGUCCCGUUCCUACGGUACUUUCUGGCUCUCUUCCCAGUCUUUACCAUUAGCACCAAUUUCCCCAUUAUAGCCGUCACCCUACGCAACAACUGGAAGACCCUCUUCCAUCGGGAUGGCGGCACCUAUCCGUGGGUGGUAGACCGCGUAGUCUUCCCUCUCAUCACCCUGGUGCCCCCAAUCAUCGUGGCUUUCUGCACCCACGACCUGGAGGCCUUGGUGGGCAUCACCGGAGCCUACGCGGGUACGGGGAUCCAGUAUAUCAUCCCUGCCUUCCUAGUGUUCUUUAGCCGGCGCCACCUAGAGCCCGUGUUUGGUAGAGACACAGUGAACAAGCACAGGUCUCCGUUUCGCCACAGUUUCUGGGUUUGGUUUGUGGUGAUUUGGGCAGUCUUCUGCCUGAUGUUUGUCACGGCUAACAUCAUCCUGACUGAGACAGAGAAGGUCUAAGCACUAAAAGAUAC